AUGGGUGAUAGUAACCAAAAACUUCAUGCUAUCAUGAUUUCAUUCCCUUUCCAAGGUCAUAUAACCCCUUUCGUGCACCUAGCAAUAAAGCUUGCUUCGAAGGGCUUCACCAUCACUUUCGUCCAUACCGAGUUUAUCCACCACCAGAUAACCAAAUCCCAGCCACACAAAACAAUUGAACCCCAAGUUUUUUCCGAAGCACGUAAAUCUGGUCUUGACAUCCGUUACACGACGAUUACCGACGGCCUUCCAUUGGAGUUCGACCGAUCUUCAAAUAUGAAGCAGUAUUGGGACUCCAUCAUGCAAGUUUUCCCGACCCACAUAGAUGAGUUCGUGAAUAACAUGGUUAAGUCACAUCCAUUGUCGGCCUUUUUCCUUGUCACUGACACUCUUUAUGCCUGGCCAGCAACAAUUGCCAAGAAGUAUAACUUUGUCAUUGUUUCAUUCUGGACGCAACCUGCCUUGAUUUUCACUUUAUACUAUCAUUUGGACCUUCUAAUAAAAAAUGGGCAUUUUGCCUCCAAUGAACCCAAGGACUUGACAUCAACUCUUCAGGAAACUGACACAACAACGCUGGUACACCGAGUAACUUUCAAAGCAUUUGAGGAGGUCAAGAAAGCAGAUAUUGUUAUAUGUAACACUGUGGAAGAACUUGAAUCUGAAACAAUCUCAGCUCUACAUCAGAAGUCGCCCAUCUAUGCAAUUGGGCCCAUUUUCCCUCCUCGCUUCACCAAAAGCACUGUGGGUACCAGCCUGAGGGCCGCGUCAGACUGCACUGAGUGGCUUAAUACCAGGCCUCAUGGGUCAGUUUUAUAUGUUGCAUUUGGUAGCCUGGUAAGUAUUAGUGAACAUGAUAUGGCGGAGAUAGCCCAUGGCCUUUUGCUUAGUGAAGCUAAUUUUAUUUGGGUGCUUCGACCUGGCACAAUAGGUUCGGAUGGUACUAAUAUCUUGCCUGUCGGAUUUGAAGAUUCAAUCAAAGAUCGAG